AUGGACGGCGGAGGCGGCGGUGUCGAUCAGAGCGGUCGCUCCAUGGGUCGCACAGUCACCCCGCGACGAGCCCUCGCUCGCACACAGUCGCCCAAGCCCAGCCGGACGACUGGCGGCCCGGGCGUCGACAUGGAGCCGCUCGUGCUGGCCCUGGGCGACUCGGACGUGGAGCGUGCGCGAGAGGCGGCGUCCGCGAUCCGGUCGUCGCUGAAGAACAACCCCGACAACAAGGCGCGCCUGCUGGCGGCGGGCGGCGUCGACGCGCUGAUCCGGCUGCUGAAAUCGCGCGACACGUCGUGCGUGGACCACGCGGUGACGGCGCUGCUGAACCUGUCGCUGACGGACGGCGUGGAGCCGCUAGUGACGGCGGCGGGCGGCAUCGAGGGCAUCGUGGGCGUGCUCAACUCCGGCAGCAACGUCGCGCGGGAAAACGCCGCCGCGGCGCUGUUCACGCUGUCGGGCCCGGCGGACAACAAGCUCCGCGUGAAGGACGCGGGCGCCGUCCCGGGGCUCGUGAGCCUGCUGCGCACGGGCAGCCUGCGCGGAAAGAAGGACGCGGCGCUGGCGCUGUUCAACCUGUCGCUGGAGGACUCGUGCAUCGGGGAGAUCAUCGACGCGGGCACCGUGCGCGUGCUCAUGGGGCUGCUGCGCGGCGACGCGGACGCGGGCAUGGAGGACAAGGUGAUGGCGGUCGUCGCGAAUCUCUGCAAGUUCUCCGAGGGCCGUCACGCCGUGCACAAGGAGGGGGGGAUUCAGGCGCUGCUGGGCGUGAUCGAGAGCGGGUCGGCGCGCGCCAAGGAGGACGCGGCGGUGUCGCUGCACCUGCUGGCCGUGCACAACGCCGCGUCGUUCCAGGCCAUCGCCGACGAGGACUGCUCGCCCGCGCUCUCCAAGCUCGCGCAGUCCGGCACCACGCGCGCCAAGUCCAAGGCGAAGGCGCUCAUGGACCUGGUGCGGUCGGGGUCAGGCUCGGGCUUCAAGUACGGCGGGUCCUUCUCCCAGCCCUUCGACAAGUCGCCUCCCGCUGUCACCGGCGAGCUCUCCCACCGCCGGUGUGGUGGGUGGGGAGGAGGAGGGGCGGAGGAGGACAAGAAAGUGGAGGAGGGGAAGGAGGAUGGGGAGGAUGAGGAGGUGAUUGUUUUUCAAGUGGAGGCACACUGCCGGGUUUUGAUGAUUCAACUGUUGCAUUGCAUGGUUCCUCACCAUGCCCACUGUCAUUGCUCUUCUCGACCUCUUGCCCUCUCUCCCACCCUCGCGACAACCUGUUACCCUUUCCCCUUUCUCCCUCAUCUCAUCUCUCCUCCCCCCAACCCCCUCUCCCUGUUCUCCCUUGUCCUCUCUCCGAACCCCUCUUCUCUCCUCACACAUGUCCAUUCCUGCAUGAGAUCCCUUUCCCCCCUUCCCCCUCCCCCAACUCAACCAUCUUUCUUCCACCUCACACUUAGCUGCGCGUCUGUCGCGCACGUUUCGCAAGUCCCCUCUGCGCGCGCCUCGCGCACCGUGUCGCUGGGGUCCUUCUCGGGGCUCAAGCGCGUGUCGCCCGCCGCUCACUCCCCGCUUCAAGCACUGCGCGCCAAGGUGCCAUCUUUGCCCCUCCUUCGCCUCCCGCUCGCGCAUUUCCCCUGUAGAUUUGUCAUUUCCGCCCCAAUUCUGCAGUUUCCACCUUGUCAUCCCACCCCUCCCUUUCUCUGCAUCCUUCGUCUCUCCCGUGCCUCCCCGCGCCCUCCUUUUCUCCCCCAGCACCAUGCGCCGGCGGCGGCGGCUCCGCGCAAGACCAUCCGCGCGUCCACCGGGGCAGCGGCGGCCGGCACCGGCGGGGCGGGCGCAGUGACGGCGCGCAAGGUGCUGAUGAUGGGCGGCACUCGGUUCAUCGGCGUGUACCUCGCGCGCAUGCUCGUCAAGGCCGGCCACGAGGUGCGCGCGCCGCCACCCGGAAAAGGGGGAGGGGGAGAAGGGGUUGACGGGGUGACGCUGUUCACGCGCGGCAAGUCGCCGGUGACGCAGCAGCUGCCCGGCGAGAGCGACGCGGACUACAGCGAGUACUGCGCGCGCGUGCGCCACCUGGCGGGCGACCGCCGCGACCUCGACGCGCUCAGGGCCGCGCUGCAGGGCGCGGACUUCGACGCCGUGUACGACAUCAACGGGCGCGAGGCGUUCGAGGUGGAGCCCAUCCUGGCCGCGCUGCCCAACCUCAAACAGUACCCCCGCACGCCCUCUGCCCGCACGCCCUCUGCCCGCACGCCCUCUGCCCGCACGCCCUCUGCCCGCACGCCCUCUGCCCGCACGCCCUCUGCCCGCACGCCCUCUGCCCGCACGCCCUCUGCCCACGCUGCCACUCUUGGCCUUGGCACCCCACCUUUCCCCCCCGUCACUGUUGUCUCUGCCGCUAUCCCACCUCCCCCUUCCCCCCCCAUUUUCUGGUUCCCGCUUCACUUGCACCGCGUUUCCUCAUGCCCUUGCUCUCCCCGCACACCACCCCGCUUCUCUGCCCGGCUCCCACUCACUGCCUGCCGCUUUCCUCUACUGUUUCCGCAAUUGUCUGAUUGCCUCCCUCUCCCCUCCGUCCAUUGUCCCUCUCCUCCCCCGCGGACUCCCCCCCCCCUCGUGUCCCCACCUCGCUGUCCCGCUCGUCUCCCUGUGUCCACCCCGUCCCCCCGCUACCCGCGUGUGCGCGCCCAUGGGUGGCACCAGGUACAUAUUCUGUUCGUCCGCGGGCGUCUAUCUCAAGUCCGACGAGCUGCCACACCGCGAGGUCAGCACCGCUGCACGCCCUCCCUCACCUCCUCACCUCCCUGCCCCCAUGCGGUGCACAUCGUCCUUUCGCCCCGCUGCAUCUCCCUGCCUCCACACGCUCUCACCCACUCCCACCUGCCUCUUCUCCCUCCCUCGCCCCCUCUCCUUGCUCCGCACUCACCUGCCCUUAUCCGCUCCCUGUUAUCCCCCUCACUUACAACCCUCUCCCAUACCCCUCUCCCCAUGCCAACCAACAUCUUUCCCCUGCUUUUCACCCUCUCCCCGCCCCUGCUCCCCAUUCCCCCGCGUUGUUCCAUCUACCCCUUCCCCCUCUGCUUGGCGCAGGAGGGCGCGGUGGAGAGGCACUGCGGCAGGCUGGAGAGGCGGGCAGUGGAGGACGCGGUGGACCCCAAGUCACGGCACAAGGGCAAGCUGGAGAGCGAGGCGGUGCUGGCGGGCAGCGGCGUGGCGUGGACGUCCAUCCGCCCCGUGUACAUCUACGGCCCGCUCAACUACAACCCCGUCGAAGAGUGGUUCUUCCACCGCCUCCACGCCGGUCGCCCCAUUCCCGUGCCCGGCUCCGGCAUGCAGAUCACGCAGCUCGGCCACGUCAAGGACCUAGCGCGGGCGUUUCACCUGGCGUUGGGGAACGAGGCGGCGUACGGGCAGGUGCUGAACGUGAGUGGGGCGCGCUACGUGACGUUUGACCGCAUCGCCACGGCGUGUGCGGAGGCCAUGGGCGCACCCAAGCCGCUGCUCGUGCACUACAACCCCAAAGACUUCGACUUCGGCAAGAGCAAGGCCUUCCCCCUCCGCAACCAGCACUUUUUCACGGCGAUAGAGAAGGCGGAGCAGGUGCUGGGGUGGAAGCCCGAGUAUGGGCUCGUGGACGGGCUCCGUGACUCCUACCACCUUGACUUCUCCCGCGGCGUGCACCGCGCUGCACCCAACUUCACCACUGACGACAUGAUCCUGGAGAAGCUGGGAGUGUCCGUCACUGCCACCGCAUGA